AUGCGGCAGUCGAAGAGUACGGGCAGCUUUGCCGCCCUGCUCAAGUCGCGUGGCUUGCCGUCGGCAGCGGCAGCCGCGGCUGAUGCAGCGGCGGUGCGCGACGCGGGGCGCGUGUGGCCCACCAAGAAGGAGGACUAUGAGCUGGUGGCCGACUGCGGGGCUGGAGUCAGCGCGACCGUGUACCUGGCGCGCUGCAAGGCCAGUGGCGAACUGGUGGCAGUCAAGGCACUCAACCUGGAGGCACUGGGCAGCCCCCUCGAGGACAUCAUGCGCGAGGUGGCCGUGAUGCGUGCGUACCGCUGUCCCGCCAUCCUGCCGCUGUACACCUCUUUCGUGGCGGGCCACGAGCUGUGGAUGCUCAUGCCCUACAUGCCGUCGCGCUGA